GUAACCCAAUAACAGUGACUUUGGAUCCACAACAUCGUCCACGACAACAGCAACAACACUCGAAGCAUUAACGCGACUCCUACUACAGCGACAGCGGCAUUCCCGACCCACUCCCAAUCCCAGCCCACCGUCAUGGCCACCGUCAAGGGCACAAAGCCCAAACACUCUGUCGGGCCAGAGCACGUCAUGAACUUUCCCAUUCUGGAUCUCGGGUAUCCGGCCCAGAGUAGGAGGACGGUGUCGAUUGUGGAUACAGAUGUGCACGUGUACGGGCUAGAGGAGAUUCAAGGGAGCAAGCUGCCCAUUGGGAUAAUAAUCCUAUCCCAUGGCCGCUGCAACUCGGCCAAGAACAUGCACGCGAUGGCAUCAGGCCUCCUGGGCGAGCUGCACCGGUUCGAGCGCGAGUCGGCCGCAGACAAGAAGUACCCGCGGCGCAAGGUCCGCGACUACGUCGUCGCGACCAUUGACGGGAGAAACCACGGCCAGCGGACAAAGUAUCGCGAGCGCAACUUGAGCUACGAUGUCAACCCGCUCCACCUGAUGGACAUGGCGUCCACGAUCGAAGGCGGCGUGCACGACCACCGACUCCUGCUCGACUUCUUGCCGGCGUACCUCUUCCCCCGGGACGAGAGCGUCGUGGACGAGUUCAUGACCGUCGGGGUGUCGAUGGGCGGACACACCGUCUGGCGACUCCUCCGGGAAGAACCCCGCGUGCGCAUCGCCGUCCCCAUCAUCUCCAUGUCGCCCGAAGCACUUGGGCCCAACCUCGUCUUCCGUGCCAGUCAGUACGGCUUGGACGACCCAGUCUACACUGCCCAAGUACGGCGAUACCUCGAAACGCCGUCCACGCCCGGCGUGUACAAGGGCAAGAAGAUCCUGUCCAUCCACGGCGGCAAGGACGACCUCCUCCCGCUUGACAAGUCGCAGCCCUACCUUGACAAGGUGAUCCGCGAAAACCAGGCCAACGAGGUCAUGAUCUGGGUCGACCCCGAGGCGGGGCACAAGAUCAGCCCCGAGAUGGUCACCAAGUCGGCGUGGUGGCUGUGGAAGUGGGGCUUUAGCAAGCCCGUGAAGAGUGUGACGUGGGCAAAGUUGUAGAAAUACAUGCAUACAGUCUACCCACCCCCUACUCCACCUUCUGCCACUCGGUCUCGAGGAACGCGACCUCCUCCUUACCUCCGCUGACGAACGGCGGGCCCAUCUGCUGCUCGUAGCCGGCGGCGGUGGCGCCAUAUGGCGUCUGGUGCCAUCCGAGCGAGCCGCCGCCAUACUGACCGCUCGCAUGGGUCGGCAGCGUGCCGUUGGCCAGCGUCAGGCCCUGCAUCAGGCCAUACUGGUUGCUCAUACGCCCCGCGACCAUGCGCGCGCGCUGCUGCCGCUGCGCGUUGGCGAUGAUCAUCUCGAUGCGCGGUAUUGUCGCCCAGUACACCUGUGCGCGUGAUGCCGAGUAUCCGAGCAGGCUGGCGACAUCGCCCGAGAUGCACGCGUUUGUCCAUGCCUCGCGCAUCGUGUCAGAGUAGAGCGAGCAGAUUGCCCGCUCGGUCCGGUGGAAGCCGCACAGCGGGACGAGGCUCGCCAGUGCUGUGCCGCUCGCAAAGCUCACCCAGCAGUCGGGGCAGAUGAGGAGCUCUGGCCAGCCGUACCACGUUGCGUUUUCGAGCGCCUUGCGGCGCGGGCACAACGGUAGCGUGGAGAGCACGCGCGCAUGUUCCGCCAGCGGGGCCCACACACCUGUGGCCAGCGCCUCGAGGAGCAGCGUCGUCCAGUGGUCGACCCGCUGCGCGCCAUCGCUGAGGUCGCAUGCGCGGCUCUGGCCGGGACUCCGGGGCGAGAAGUACCGCCCCAGGCCCAUGACCUCCACGACGGCGUGGUGCGCGGCACACAGGUCCAUGUCUGCGCCUGCCAAGCCAUACCACUCAUCGACGUGCAGUGUAGCGUCGCAUGGUCGCGCGAGGGAUAUCCGCUCGGCCGCGCGCCACCAGUCGGCGAACUCGCCGUGCUGGACGGCAAAGGUCCACGCGGCGCGCGUCGCGCCGUGGAAGUCGCACGACCAGUUCUGUCCGGCCGCAGAGGGGUACGGGACGAAUUCGGCCCCGUAGCGCGUGUACGCGACGUGGUCGGCAUGGCAGCCCUCGCAGAGGACCAGCCCGUGGAUGGCCUGCUUGGUAGUGUACCAUUUCGUGCCGUGCGAGGGCACGCUCGCGCCGGUGCAUGCCCGCGGCAGCAGCAGGCGGCGCGAUGCAGAGUCGAGGAACUCGGUCCAUCCGUCCACUGUUUCCGAGAGGGUGAUAAACGCGCGCUGGAUGGCGGGGAGGGCGAACGCGCAGCUGCCGGCCUUGGGCGUCGGGGCAAAGUUGGACGCGAAGGGCGACGCGAGGACCACGUCCUGGUAGCAUGCCUCGCAUGCCGCGAGCCCAGGGGCAGAGGGCACGUGGUACCCGCUCUCCGUGGACGCGGCGGUACAUUUCCCGAUCGCAUGUCGGCGGGCGACAAACUCGGUCAGCACGGAGGGCGAGGAGCGCGCCGCGGCGGCGAGGAGCGCCUUGAGCCGGGGCGUCGUGAAUGCGCAGCUGCCCUUUGUUUGCAGCUGAACAAAGCUGGCGGCGAGCGAGCUGCCGCUGACCCGGGUCGCAUGGCAGUGCGUGCAGAGGAGUAAGGGUGUCCCGGAGAGCUGGUACCAGCUCGUCGUCGACACUGUGGACGUGCAGAAUGCCAGCGUGGGGUUCGGUGCGCCGGCAUCCCGCACGGCAGGGACGCCCGUCGGCGCGUCCGAGAGCAGCGGGCGCGGGAUGGGUGCCGCGGGCGGCGGUGGCGCCAUCGACGUCGACGCAGGCGGCGAGUACACUGGAGACGCGUGCGCACUCGUAAAGGGCGAG